AUGGCGGACAAGUCUGAGAACCCCAUGCGUCAGAUCCGGGUGGAGAAGCUGGUGCUGAACAUCAGCGUGGGCGAGAGCGGCGAUCGCUUGACGCGCGCCGCAAAGGUCCUGGAGCAGCUCACGGAGCAGCAGCCGGUCUUUUCGAAGGCCCGGAUGACCAUCCGCCAGUGGAGCGUGCGACGGAACGAGAAGAUCGCCUGCCACGUGACCGUGCGGGGCGAGAAGGCCGAGGAGAUCUUGGAGAAGGGCCUCAAGGUGAAGGAGUACGAGCUGCGCAAGAAGAACUUCGCCCGGAACGGCAGCUUCGGCUUCGGCAUCACGGAGCACAUUGAUUUGGGCAUCAAGUACGACCCUGGCACCGGUAUCUACGGCAUGGACUUCUACGUGCACCUCUCCCGGCCCGGCAGCCGUGUGAAGAACCGCAAGUUGAAGGUGGGAAAGGUGGGCUGUGCUCACAAGCUGAAGAAGGUCAACAUUGCUUGCAUUCUUCUUAGGCAAGUUUUCCAGCAGGCAAUGGUUGAGUACAGGCCACCCGCCGCGCCACCAGCGCCGGCGGACAUGAUUUCCACUGGGCUGCAAGAACUUGAGGAGUUGAUCACUCCGUGCAAGUGCGAAGGGACCAGCCGUGCGGGCACGGAAGGCGGUGGCUUUGGCGCUGCUGGCGCUAGCAUGGGUCACGGGGACAUCGAGAAAUACGGGAAUUCCAACGUGGGAUUUGAUGGUUUAGCCACCAGGUCAGUGGACCUUUGCUGGAAGGGGAGCACUGCAGAGGAAGCGGUCGACAAAACGACCUCCUGCGCGCCACGCACGCGGCUCCGCACGCGGCUCCGCACGCGGCUCCGGGCGGUGCCGGAACUCUGCGUCUUCGACUUGGACGCGUGUCUCUGGGAUAAGGAGAUGUUCGAGAUGCAGGAAAUUCCGAGCCCUCAGGAUGCGGUCAGAGGCGACUUGCUGGGCCGGAGUGAGGGAGUUCGAGGGGUCAUGAGUGGAAGUGAGAAGAUCUCCUUACAUCGAGGAGCUUUGAAAGCCUUGCAGAGCCAUGCUGAGGGUCUGUACCCUGGCAUGCGCAUAGCGGUGGCUAGCAGCGCGGAUACACCCUUUGCUGAGAAGGUCGGACGCAAGGCCUUGGCAAUGCUCGAGGUUCUGCCUGGCAUCAGCGUGUGGCAGAUGCUGUUGAAAGACUGGAACGGCGAGGAUGUGAACCAAAUUGGUCGACAACCACCACUGUCCUCCAACAAGGCUCAGACGCAUUUCCCACGACUCAAGGCUGCCACGGGAGUGCCCUUUGACAAAAUGCUUUUUUUCGACGACUGUUUGUGGGGUGACCACUGCGGCAUGGUGGCUGCCAGCUGCCGUGAAGCCAAUGGCAAGGGCGUGGUGACCGUCAGGAGCAAAGCGGUGGAGAAUGAUGCGUUGCUGCAGGUGGGGGGGCUGGAGCAGAUGUCCCUGUCCGCCGUAGCAGCAGGCGCCAGCAGCGCUUGGUUCACGGCCGUUCAGGAAGCCGCGGCACGGCGGCAGUACGUGGACCGCUUCAUGGAAGAUGAAGAACCGGUGGAUCCCACGACCACCGCGGAUGGGGCCGGGUUCAGCCUUGAGCAGGUCUUUGCCACCUUGGGAAUGCUACCGAACCUGCUGGUCUUAGCGCUCUUUGCGGGUGGUGUCAGGGAGUUCAUCGCCAGAGGAGGUGGCUUUGCUCGCAACGAAGACACCUGA